GACGGAUUUCAAUUAUAUAGUCACUGAUAGAGUCAUAUAUAUCUACUAAUGAUAAUAAGAAAAGAUUUAUAUCUAAGAAUUUUAUUCAUUCUAUUCAUUAUAUACCUUUCUAUGGAUUAUUGUACAACAUUUAAACUAACCAAAUCCCAUUAUCAUCAUCAUCAUUAUUAUUAUUAUGAUUAUUUACCAAGAACAUAUUUAUCAUCAUUACCAUUACAAAAACGUUAUGAAUUAUUUGAACCAUUAGAUACUAAUUUAGUUAGAGCCAUGUUUAUUGGUCAUACAGAUCAUAUACCUAAUCAUCAAUACAAUAUGAAAACUAAUAAUAUCGAUGAUGAUAAUAAUAAUAUAGAUGAUAAUACUUAUAAUCCAAGAAAUGAUCGUAAUAAUAAUAAUGAUCAUACUAAUACUAAUAAUAAUAAGAAUGUAGAUGAAGAAUAUUAUACAAAUUCAAAAAAUCAUCUUGGAAGUCUCAUGAGAUAUGGAUGAAUGAAUGUAAAUGAAGAAGAAUGUAGAAGGAACAACAACAACAACAACAUAUAUAACUAUAUAUAUACGAAGAGUAAUUAGGCAUUCAACAAUGACACUUAUAAACAGAAUGAAACAAUUCAUUAUAAUCAAUUCAUUAUAAAGCUUAUUUAAUGUGACUAUGUAUAAUCUUAUUUUGAUUUAUAUACGUAUGUAUUUAUAAACAUAGAUUCAAUCUUUAAUUGCUUAAACUUGGAGAAAUAAGAACAUUUAUGAGAACGAAAUGUACGAUUUGUUUCUUAGAAAUAAAU